AUGCUUCGUCCUGGUAAUUUCAGUCUUGGUUGCACUCGUGCUUCGCGGGCAAGCACUAUCUUAACCUCCGCCAGAAACACAACAUCCCCCGUCUCUCUACUCUCCCGAACCCAGCACCCUAGCUACCUUAUUCGCCAUUAUACCCCCAUACGUACCUGGAAAAAACGCAAUUCCAGUGGAUCUAGUGAAAUUAGUCCAGACACAACGCAAUGGGGCACAAAGGAUCGCUAUCGAACGAUAGAGCAGAGGGGGAAAUGGCAGCGGAAGGCCCAGAUGAAAGCCGCAGAAACGGUGGAGGAUAGGGAUUUGGAGGAAGAUCAGGAGGAGGCAGAGGAAAAUGAAGAUGACGAAAAUGGACACAUCAGGCCAGAGCCCAAAAAACGAAUGAGCCAAGCUGAGUUUGAGAGGGAGAUGCAGUUUAUCAAUUAUGAUAGAGUGGCAUUAGCUCGAAGAGUGAACCAGUUACUUAAGCUCGGCCACGAGGAAAGGGCAACUCUACUGGUUUGGGCAUCCCAAAAUGCGAAGAUUGACUGUAUUGUCUCUUGGAAUGCCCUGAUAGAGCACAAGAUGAAAAACGGGCGUCGAAAGGAAGCGGUAAAGCUAUUCAACGAUAUGAAGAAGAGGGGGCGAUCCCCAAACGAACAAACGUUUACAAUACUCCUGUCUGGGCUGGCGACCGGCUCGUCAAAAUACUCGUCAGAAACCGCUCUCAACCUUUUUGAGUCCAUGAAAAACUCCAACUCCGAGUCUAAACCUAACAUUAUACACAUCAAUGCUGUACUAAACGUAUGCGCUCGCAACCGUGAUAUGAAGAGCCUCUGGGCCUUUGCAGGAGAGAUUCCAGAGUAUGGAGAAAGCGCACCCAACUCCGUCACAUAUACCAUAAUACUAAAUGCGAUACGAACAUCCGUACUUGAGUUUACUGAUACUCUAGACCCUAGUAAGGGACCAAGAGCAGUCAAGGAAAUCUCCAGGAGGAAGAGGAUAGCCGUCUCGUCUGGAAAGAAGCUAUGGGGCGAGAUCAUUAGCAAAUGGCGGAAAGGAGACCUUGUGCUAGACUCAAGACUGGUGACUUCGAUGGCUCGUCUGCUCGCGAUAGAGGAUACUGAGAAGUCAUAUUUUGACGUUCUACGCUUGUAUAAACAAUGCAUGAGCCUGCGUGUUCCACCAGCGAUCGAAGCCGAAGUUAUGAAGCUUCAAAGCAUACCAGAUGAAACGUCAGACGACAAUGAACUAUUGACAAGGGAAGAGAAGAAGCGGAAAGAGGAAGAAAGAAACAUGCUACUACAUCUAUUUGACCCUGUUGACCUUGCAGAAAUCCGUGCGGCAUUGAAAGGAAAACCAGGCUCAAAGAAGCACCCCGCUGUUAGCCUCCCGGCUCCAACAAACGUUGAGCUAUCACUGCUAAUUCAAAUUUGCCAAAAGAUGGCACAUAAUGGAAUUGCCAGCGGGCGGCAUUAUUGGACCGCUCUUACUUCCGCUGGCGAGGAUAGCCACAAUGUUAAGCCAGACUCUAGUUCCUGUCACGAAUACCUUCGCCUUCUACGCCACCAUCGAGCCAGCGCUGAGUCCCUAAAAGUGAUUGAAAACCACAUGGUCUCCGAAAAUUUAGUUGCCGGAAAGACAAUUACCAUUGCUCUCAGCACUUGUUCCCGCGACAGGAAUAAUCCAAAUGUUCUAGACACUGCAAAUAGGAUCCUGGAUAUCUCUGCUGUUGCUCCAAAACUGGAUCCUAGCUAUAUACUAAGAUAUAUAGAGCUUGUUCGUGCUCUUAUUAACAAGGAGAAACUCGUUUCAGAUUCAACAAACAUAGACAAGGCGCGGCUGAAAUAUUCACCUAAUAGCCUACCAACCGUACCUACCGAGUUACAUCUGACACGUCUUCUCAAAGCUCUUGCCCAUUUGAGACUACGCACCCAAGACAUCAUCGAACUACUUGCAUUUAGUUACAUUAGGUAUGAGAAGAUACCCAUAGGUUCGGGUUUUGCUAGCUCGUCUCAGGAUAGAGAAAGAGAGCCGAAUACCAUAUCGAAUGCAGGGCCAGACGAUGCAGAAAAGGACGUCACCGCACAGAAAGCACUGAGAAAGCUUAAAACACAAUCUUUCGCUGUCUCCGGCAAAGCCCCCGAAGCCCCUAGCCGCAUUGAAUUGCUCAAAGUCCUGUGGCAGUCGCAUUCCCUAUACAAGAGAAUCUUAAACCCGCAACCGGUGUCAUCAUCCUUUGAUUCUGCACGCGAAACUAUUUCGGUGUCAUCAUUCCUAUCAGACUCGGAUCGAGAUUGGCUAGCCAAGGAUUGUGAAAGGCUGUCUAUGUUUGCCCCUUAUUUCAAGCAGUUUGCAACUCGAGAAGUAAUGAGCAGUGACGUCGAAGCUGAUCGCGAGCAGGGCAUUUAA